AUGACCUCCACGAAGAUGCUGUUCCUGGCUGCCCUCCUGCUCGGGGCUUCUCUGCAGCACAGUCAAGCAGCUCGAGCCACCAAUGUGGGUCGGGAGUGCUGUCUGGAGUACUUCAAAGGAGUCAUCCCCCUCCGGAGGCUGAGGGCGUUUUACAGGACCUCAGCCGAGUGUCCCAGGGAUGCCGUCGUGUUUCUUACUGCCCAGGGUAAGGCCAUCUGUUCGAACCCCAAGGAGUCAUGGGUGAAGAAGGCAGUCAAACACUUGGAAAACCUCAUGAAGCUCCCCAAAAAAGCCACCAUCCAGCAUUCCUGA